AUGUAUCCCUUCAAUCGUACAACUUCGAUUCAUGCCGAUUCGCACGUGGAAGAAGAAGAAGACGAUUCAGAAGAGGAAAUUGCGGGGAUUCUGGAGAAUGGCAAUCAUCAUGUUUAUCGCAAUCAGGUGAGAUCACUUCUUCAUUUUCAGCUGUUUCAGAGAACGCGGGGGGAAAAUAUGAUAUUUGCAUUUUGCUGGCUUAAUCCAAUCGUGCUGAAAAAAAAGAAAAAAAAAGUAGGCGGCAUCGGGGAUCGAACCAUGACCCUGUGGCUAGAAAACGAGCGCUCUACCACUGAGCCACGCGGGUUUUUCUCAAUCUCACCUAAUUUUUCAUUUUAGAUUGCCGAAACCAACACAAUCAUUUCGGCCGAACCAAAAUCACCGGUGGAAAAAACGAUUCUGGCCUCAAUUUUGGAACUAUCGGACGUGAAUAAUAAAUGGGUGACGACGAUGAGAAGAUCGGGUAAAUCGGGAAGAAAUGGAAUGGGACAGCGCGAAUCGAUUUUUGAGUGCUCUUGGAGGUUGGCUUGA